AUUUCACUUCGAUAAUGACGACCAACAUGCCAAACGAUCUUUAUGCUGUCGCAGAUUUCUGCCUCAUCCCGAUCGGAACAGGACAAUCUUCUGUCGCAGAAUAUAUUGCAGAGUGCCACAGAGUCCUGGAAAAACCAGGCCUAACAUUUAAGAUGCACGGAUAUGGUACUAAUCUUGAGGGGCCUUGGAGCGAAGUGUCUAAAGCCAUACAUGAUUGCCAUGCUGCAGUACACGCCAAAGGUGCCCCUCGAGUUGCCACCGACAUCCGCAUUGGUACACGCGUAGAUCGUGACACUCUCGCAGGUGAUGGCAACGACCACAAGGUGAGACGUGUAGAAGAGAUCCUAGCAAGAGACAGAGCAACUGCACGAUGAGUCCGUGUUGCUUGAUCAGUUUAUUUAGGCAGGUAAUCGUGUAUGAUUUGUUUUGGCUUCGGCUUCAUGCUUUCGCAUCAUCUGUACAACAUAGGCAUGGCGACAUUAUGUGACGUGAUUUCAUACUUGACGCGAUAGACAUAUAUCGCAACAGUGACCCUAUAGCGCGGUAAUCUGCAACUGAUCCUUCACGCACAGUGAGGACCAGCGUUCAUGUAGGACGACGAAAGUAUCCGCGUAGCCGUACGGAGUAUCUACUAAGUGGCGGGACAGCCAACGAAUAAAAGUAACAAAACCAUGCGAGCGUAAACAGGAAAGCAGAAAAGUUAGAUUGAUAGGCAGGAAAGUAAUGUGCUGGGACAUUGGCUUCGACCGGCAGCGUUUGGCAUGGCAUGCAGUCGAGAAUGACAAUGACAUAUGUUCGAGGAGGCAUGAACAGCCAGAACC